GGUCGACACUGGGCGCCGACUGUGCGACGAGCUCAUUGGCUGCAGGGAUCCGCAUGGCGAUGACGAGUCCCGGAGCACUAUGAGUGAGGCUGGCGGGCUCAGCAAGUAAGGGAGUCGCUAAGGAUCAUCUUGGGAUAGUAACUUUCAUUGAUUGAUUAUGGCGUCGUCUGUUACAACGAAUCCAUCAACUCUUUUACCUUUGGAACUGGUGGAUAAAUGUAUAGGUUCACGCAUCCAUAUAAUAAUGAAAAAUGAUAAAGAAAUUGUGGGGACUUUACUUGGUUUUGAUGAUUUCGUAAAUAUGCUCCUGGAAGACGUAACGGAAUACGAAUCUACGCCAGAAGGUCGUAGGAUAACAAAGUUAGAUCAGAUUCUCUUAAAUGGUAACAAUAUAACAAUGCUUGUUCCUGGAGGAGAAAUGCCGGAUUCGUGACAAGUUUUAUUUUGUAUUAUUUUACCCUGUGAUUUAUAUUCAUUUUCAUACAAUUAAUAUUACAUGAAUAUUAAUUUCAGUACAAAGGUUCUGUACAAGUUUCUUUAUUUUGUAAUAAAUGUGUACAUAUUAUUUCAAUAAUCUGUACUGUUCUAAGAUUCACCCCAGUUCAUUAUUCAUUAUUGGAAAGCUUGGAAGUGGAAUAAUAAAUGCAUUUGCCCAGUAUUAGUAUCCAAUACAUAUUGUGAAGCAAUUAUGUUUUACCUGCAGAUAAUUUCCGAGUUGAAAUGUAAUACAAAAAUGGAAAUUCAAAAUAAUCAGUUAAGCAUUUUAGUGAGAAGUGUUAAUCCAUUGUUUAGGCAUAUUUGUGCAAGUAUAGGAAGUGAUAAAUGUGAGGAAAUAAGAUAAUUGACUACAUUUGUUGUCUAGUGAGUUCACCUUUUUUCUUCAAUUCAUUGGGAAUGUUUGUCAAGAAAAUUUUUCAUCAGUAUUAGUCAACAUUUUUCUUUGGUGCUUGAGGUUUGAUAUUGCUGUAAAUAGAUAUCUUGAGUAUAUUAAUUUACGACGGUAUAAAAAAAUGUUUAUUCCUCAUGCUUUAGAUUAAAAGGCUUUCCAAGGAACAAAAAGCAUAGUGGUCCUUAACUGCUGAGAGUUGUUAGUGAUAUUACAUUGGCUUUAAUGCUUCAUAAAUGUACAAAAUAGUAAUAUGAAAUAAAAACAAAAUGCCUGAUUUUCGUCCUUCAAAUAAAAUGUUCACUGCAAUAUUUGUAAUGAUCAAUUUUGUAAUGGAGCCAGAAAUAGUUGCUUAGGUUUUAAUUUUUAAAUUGGAGAAAACAAAAAUUCAUGUAGCUUUGAAAUGAAAUUCAGUGUCAUGUUCUGCAUUACAAGAACUGCUUGGUAGUAGUAAUUUACAAUGAUACCACAGUUUUCUGUAUAUAACCAUGUUCUUAGGUAAAAUACUACCUUGAAUGAGAUGUAUUCUUCCUAAAUGCAGUGUGUUUCUCAUAGAUAUUUAAUGGAAAUGUGUUUAGUCCCAUUUAGAAUUGAAUAUGCAAUUUGUGUAGCAAAGGGAAUAUUAACAGUACAGUAGAGAUAUUUGUUUAUGGUGUUGACAGUAGGUUCAAUCUACUGAAACGAAACAAAUUGAUUUCCCAAAAAUUGGCACAGACACUGUUCAAAAACAGCAAAUACAGAACUCUCACAUAACACUGCAACAAAUAAUAUAUUUUAACCAGAACAAUCAUCACAAAUGCUGCAAUACCAUAGUAUAGUAUAUUUUCACUGUACAAUUGUUCUUUACAUACCAAUAAUAUCAAAAAGUUGUAACAUGUUCUCUAACACGUGGAUAUCUAAUGGUGAGGAACCUUUUCCUUGGAGCCUUGCUGUCUCAUGGAAGCAAUGAGACACGGAGUAUCAGAAAGCAGUCAUACAAUUUAAGAAUGGGUGGACUACCAGUCAGAUUUUUACAUUUUCAAUCAGAAAUAAAUCUGUUGUUUUUUAAUUUUACCCCCAUGUUCCCAUGCAUGUAACAAAACCAGACAUCUCUUAUAUGACAGGAAGCAGUGUAAUUUUUUUAAAUUUCUGUACGCAUGGGAAAUCAGCAAUUUUUAUGUUUUCUUCUCAACUCUUUUAAAUCCCCUUUUGCAAAUUCCUUCGAUUCUCUUUUCUCUUAGGUGAUAAACGAAUUGCCCAUUGUUAAUCUGGUCCUUUGUAACUUACAAUUUUUGUGUCAGAAUCAUUAUAAAUAUUAGAAUCUGCAUGCAAUCAUCAUUUAUUCCCUUAACCACAUAUUUUACUUUUUGCUCUUCUAAGUAAUUCAAACAUAGUUUGAAAAACAAAUUCAGAAAAUAAUAUGCAAGGAUUAUAUGAAACAGAUUAUUUCAAGUAUUGUAAAUAAAAACAAAAGAUUUUUUAGAAAGUGAGUUGUUUAAUAGAAAACUGGAGUAACAAAUACCUAAUGAUGCUCACAGUAGUUGUUGUGUUUUAGUGGUGAAAUGUGUUUCUGAAAUCUAUGAUUGUAAAAAUAGUUGUCUUGAUAAGGUAAGAAUCUCAAUUAUUGAAUUAGUAGAAUUAUAUAUUAUAGGACCUACAAAAGGUGAGGCACUUUACCUGACACACACAGGUCUACGCAACUUAAAGAGCAAAUUUGUACAUUUCUUAGCCAGACUCAUGCAGAAUCAAAUGAGUAGAACUCAUAAAUUCAAUCAUUUAUGACUCAAGUUGUUGAAAAUCACUAGUUCAGAAUAAUACAGUUGUAUACUUGUAACUUGCAGAUUGUAUGCAAAGCAGUACUACUUUACAGAUUGUAUGAAAAGUUUACUUAGAUAUACAGUUUAAUAAAUAAUUUCCUCAUUGAUAGAAAACUUGCGUAUGUAUAUUGUCAAGUUCAGAAGGUUACACUUGCAACUACUUGCAUUACUAAUUGUAAAACAAUAUCUCGAAGUAAGUCCCUCAUAAAAAACUGACUCACUCUACUAUACAUUCAAAAGUUAUUUGAUAAUUAUAUCACAUUGAUGUAUUGAGAGUUUAAUUUUAGAAACUGC